AUGGCCGGCCCUUUCUAUUUGGAUAGUGUAGUGGUUGAUGAAUUCCUGGUCAAGGAAUUCGUCCGCAACCCAGACUUGGCAGGGCCCCUACAAAAUAUCUUGCCCAUGCUCAACAAGGUGUCAAAAACUCUCAGAACUUUCGGGGAUUGGCUAAUGACCAAUAAUGCCGUGGGAGCCUUCUGCAGAUGGGCCCCAAUCUUGGGUACAUUUAUCUCGGCCGUGAUUUUAUUUAGAAAGAAUCCGGUGGCGGGGGCACCCGCUCUUGUCAUGGCGAUGGCCGGACUUGUGGGAGAGUUCAGAGCGAUGUCGCAAGGAAGCAUUAAAAAAGCGUUAUGGGAAGGUAUCAAGGCUCUUGCAGGUCAACUUAAAUGGUCUCUUCUUUGGAAUCCCUGGUUUAUUGCGGGUGCUAUAGCUCUUGUCGGAGUGAUUUGGGUCCUAUACACAACAUGGUUUUAG